AUGAGUGACCAAAGAGUGACCUACACAGAACUGAAUCUUCAUAAGGGUUCAAAGAGACAGCAAAAAGCCUCUAAAGGCACGAAGGGCUCCAUUCCAGGAACUGAGCAGGAACUAACCUAUGCAGAAUUAAAUCUUCAAAAUGCUUCUCAGGGUCUUCAAGGGAGUGACAAGAAUGACCACUGCAAAGCAUGUUUGCCACCUCCAGAGAAGCUCAUUGCUGGGAUCAUAGGAGUCAUCUGUCUUGUCCUGAUGACCACUGUGGUAAUCACAGCUGUUAUUCACUCAAGCCAGACAAGGAACGAGGCAGGGAACCAGACUACAGGGAACCAGAAAGAAUAUCAUUGUGGUCGAUGCCCACCAGAGUGGUUAAUGUACUCCAACAACUGCUAUUACAUCAGCACUGAAGGAAAAACAUGGAAUGAGAGUUUGCUGGCCUGUGCUUCUAGGAAUUCUAGCCUGCUCUAUAUAGAUAAUGAAGAAGAAAUGUUUCAUAAUCCAAAGCUUAGUACUGCCAGAAAUUUGACUGCCAUCAGUUCUGAUCAUUAUACAAAAGCAUCAUUAUGA